CGACACCGCCAUGCUCGACAGGGGGCCGUUGGUUCCCGGGAUCAUGUUUUAGUUUAGUCGGGUUUAGAUCUCGGGUGGCAAACUGCUGCAGUCAGUUCCAAAUUGAGCCAAAUGAACGCAAACAUGAGAUUGGGUGUGGCGGGUGCCACCUUGGGAGCAGUGCUGGUUUUGAGCAUGCUCGGCUUGGCGUACGGGGAUGACUGUCAUCUCACCAAGGUCAUUCAUACCCUUCACUAUCCUGGAUGUACACCCCGACACAUUGGGUCAUUUGCCUGCACGGGGAAAUGUAACAGUUACGUCCAAGUAUCGGGGUCUAAGCUCUGGCUUCAAGAGCGAUCUUGCAUGUGUUGCCAAGAAAGCGGGGAGCGAGAAGCCAUUAUCUCAGUGGAGUGCAAGGGACCAGUCAAAGGAACCUCCGUCUACAAAAGGGUAGUGACCAAAGCCCCCGCAGAUUGCAUGUGUCGACCUUGCACGGCCUUAGAGGACGAGAUCACGCCCUCGGACUUUGUGGGUUACCCGGAGAAGAGCUCCCUGAUGAAGUCCUUUGUCAAGCUCUAGGCAAUUGCUUGACCUUCAUCAAUGCCGCCCACGAGGAUCUAAAGCGACCUUUACUUAUCCCUGACGAUGUAUUUAGAUAAGCUGUCUACGAUUUCUCUUGAAAUACAUUUCAUUUAUUACCCA